CCGUGUCUCUCCACAGAGGUCGCUGUUCUCUGUUUAUAUCACACAACCUCAUUCAACAUGGCCGCGCAGUGAGAGGAGCGCUAGCAACACUCGCAGCUCUCAUGACGAAUAUCGCCGCGUAGUGGGGCUAGUUUUUCUUCCGUUGUGAAGUGACGUGUGUCGGGAUGUGGCCGCGGCUUCGCUCGGUUUGUUCCGGAAGCCGGACGAUCUGCAGGAGAGGCGCUGCUCUGCCAAAGCUAACGGCUAAUGCUAACGCCUGUCACUUCAGCCACUCAGCAGCAAAACACUCAGCUCUUCAGUACAGGAAACACGGGGACCCUUCUCAAGUCGUUCAGUUGGAAGAUAUAGAUCUGCCACCCAUAGGUGCAAAGGAUGUCCUGGUUAAAAUCCUGGCAGCCCCCAUCAACCCAUCUGACAUCAACAUGAUUCAAGGUACUUAUGCCAUCCUGCCUGACCUCCCAGCUGUUGGAGGCAACGAAGGUGUGGCCCAAGUCGUAGAAGUGGGCAGCCAGGUCACAUCUCUCAAAAUGGGAGACUGGGUCAUCCCAAGAGAUGCUGGUCUAGGUAUGUGGAGGACAGAGGCAGUGUUCGCUGAAGAUGAUGUCAUCUCGCUCCCAAAUGACAUUCCCCUGCUGUCUGCCGCCACGCUGGGGGUAAACCCCUGCACUGCCUUCAGGAUGCUGUCUGACUUUGAAGAUCUUAAGCCAGGUGACACAGUGAUCCAGAAUGCAGCUAACAGUGGAGUCGGGCAGGCUGUCAUACAGAUUGCUGCUGCAAGAGGAGUGAACACAAUCAAUGUCGUCCGAGACAGGCCAGAGUUCACACAGCUCAGUGAUAGGUUGAAGGCCAUCGGAGCAACUCACGUGAUCAAAGAAGAGGCACUGAGGCGGCCUGAGUUGAAGGAACUCUUCAAGACAUAUCCAAAGCCAAAACUGGCGUUAAAUGGAGUCGGAGGCAAGAGUGCAACAGAACUACUCCGUCAUCUACAGAUCGGAGGCUGCAUGGUGACAUAUGGAGGGAUGGCCAAACAGCCGGUUACUGUCCCUGUGAGCGCUCUUAUUUUCAAGGAUGUGAAGGUUCGGGGGUUUUGGGUCACACAGUGGAAAAGAGAUCACUCCAAAGAUGAACGAGCAUUUAGAGCCAUGGUAGAUGAACUGUGCUCCCUCAUCCAGCAGGGAAAGCUAACGGCUCCUGCCUGCACAGAGGUGGGACUGCGAGACUACAGCAAAGCUCUUGAAGCAUCUAUGAAGCCUUUCACUUCAGCUAAACAGCCUCCUGAGCCACAGGACGACCUCAAGUGUUUGACUGGAAAUGAAGUGUCCAACAAGCACCAAUAAACCACAUCAAAGAGGCUGCACCUAAAGCUAAAGCCAAAGGUUGUUUUGUUUUUCCUUGCUUCACUACAUGUAGUGAAUGAUUCAGUCAAACUAUGGAUGUCAUAUAAUUUAAUGAGAUAUGAAAUUGUCCUGACUGUUUAAAAGCAAACAUGUCCAUGGCCACAAUAUAUACAGCUCUUGAUCUUGAAUUAAAGUCUUUUCUGAUCCAAAAA